AAUCGAAACCGCCAUUGAAGUACCAUGGGGAGGGGUAAGGUACCAGCGCGUAAGAGGCAAACAUAACAUGGCGGGUGAAGGAAGUUCUGCAACCGCCUCGCGAUCGGAGAAGUUGAAGGGUGUUUUGAAUUGGAUCUGGACCUACUUGUGGGCCAUUUGGUUCUUCUUGGUUGUGUUUCUCAUCUACUUCUUUCGAGCACCGUUGAAGCUCACUGAGAACAUGAACUUGGUGGCAAUGUUCUUGAACACCCUGACCCCCAAAUUCUACGUGGCUCUUACAGGAACAUCUUCACUCAUUUCAGGACUUAUCCUGAUCUUUGAGUGGUGGUACUUCCGCAAGUACGGCACAUCGUUCAUCGAGCAGGUCUCUUUGAAUCACCUGUCACCGUGGCUGGGAGGGUCAGACAACAGCGGGAGUGGAAACACCAACCAGCAGUCACCGCCAGAAUGCAAGACUUGGCGAAAUCCCCUGAAUUUAUUUCGGGGCUCGGAGUACAAUCGCUACACCUGGGUGACAGGCAAGGAUCCACUGACGUAUUACGAUAUGAACCAAUCGGCGCAGGAUCACCAGACGUUGUUCACCUGCGAUUCCGACUCCAAGAGACCUGCUGAUGAAGUUAUGCUUCGUGCAUGGCGGGAGAGGAACCCACAGAAUCGAAUAAAAGCAGCCCAUGAAGCGUUGGAGAAAUCCCCAGAUUGUGCAGCCGCCUUGAUACUCCUUGCUGAGGAGGAAUCCACUACGAUAGCCGAGGCCGAGCGCUUGUUUCGUCAAGCCCUCAAAUCGGCCGACUGCAACUUCAAGCGCAGCCAGGCGCUGCAACACCACAGCCCUACGCAUGAGAAAAUACACAGACGAGAUUUGAACAUCUUGGUGUACAACAAGCGUCGCCUUGCGAUGUGUAUGCGCAAACUUGGCCGCACGAAAGAAGCAGUCAAGAUAAUGCGUGAUUUAAUCAAAGAGUUUCCAGUGGUCAGCAUGUUUCAGAUUCAUGAGAAUCUGAUUGAGGCCCUGCUGGAGAUGCAGUACUACGCAGACGUGCAGGCCUUGCUGGCCAAGUACGACGACAUCAGCCUGCCCAAGUCGGCCACCAUAUGCUACACGGCGGCCUUGCUCAAGGCCAGGGCGGUGUGCGACAAAUUUUCGCCUGAGGUUGCUUCCAAACGAGGACUGACCACAGCUGAAAUGAACGCAGUCGAAGCCAUACACAGAGCAGUGGAGUUCAAUCCUCAUGUACCAAAGUAUCUGCUGGAGAUCAAGAGCUUCACUCCCCCGGAGCACAUCCUGAAGCGGGGCGACAGCGAGGCCAUCGCCUACACCUUCUUCCACCUGCCGCACUGGAAGAGGGUAGAGGGCGCCCUUCAGCUUCUCCACUGCACGUGGGAGGGCACGUUCCGCAUGAUCCCCAGCCCGCUGGAGAAGGGUCAUCUGUUCUACCCCUACCCCAGCUGCACGGAGAGCGUGGACAGGGAGCUCCUACCAUCCUUCCACGAGGUGUCAGUCUACCCAAAGAAAGAACUUCCGUUCUUCAUCCUGUUCACAGCGGGCCUCUGUACGUUCACCGCGCUGCUGGCUCUGCUGACUCACCAGUUUCCUGAGCCAAUGGGAGUCAUUGCCAAAGCAUUCCUGUCUUCUCUGUCUGCUCCCUUCAGCUUCUUACUGGAGAAGAUCGAGAGUAUCGUGCCUGCUAGCCUCUGGCAGCAGCUCACACGCCUUUAGCCAAUCAGCUACCAAAGUGCUUGUCAUGUGAUGUAACAAACAGCCAAUCAGCAGUCUGAAAGCUGGGUCACAUGACAGAUUUCCAAGUGUCAGGUGACGGGAGCCUCAAUUCCCGUUUGCCGGAUUUACAGAUUUAAAUUGUCUUCUAAACGACAUUUAAAAAUCAAAUCGAAUGUUACCUUUUACCGAGGUAUAUUUAUGGUGUUAUCUGUUGUGUUUUUGGUCACAAAAUCUGUACAAAAUCUUACAGUAAACUGUAUGCGAAAUUGUGGCUUUCUGGAUUAGAGUUUUUGCUCGAUAGUGUUUUACUAAAUGACAUUUGCUCUGUUAUUACAGAACUUACGAAAACGAGUGACAUCUUUUUUUCAAUUCGGAACAUCAAGAAAACAUUUGUGGCAACAUGGCAGUUUUUGGUCUUUAUUUAUUAAGGAUUUUUAGGACCUAACAUACUGAAAUAUAGUUUCGAAAAACUGAAGUGCUUGCUGGACUUGGUACAUUUGUACAUCUUGCCCCAUUUAAAAAAAAUACUCAGGAUAAAUUCAGAAACAGGAAUCAAAAGAUUUUGGAUUGGUUUUCAGGCAUGAAUACUUGACAUUAAAACUCCCUUACUAGGAA